UUAAAUUUAUGCUUGUGUAUUGUCUUCAACAACAAUUCAAAAUGUUGAAAUUAUAUUUGACAUCAAUUUUUUUCUUAUUGAAGUUAUUGAACGUUAAUAGUGCACUAGUUCUUGAUUCUGUUUUUGUUGUUCUUCGACAUGGUGAUCGUAAUCCAUUACAUAUUUAUCCAAAUGAUAAAUAUAAUAAAGAAUAUUGGAAUCAGCAUGGCGGUUUAGGAAAUAUGACCAAUAAAGGUGAAAAUCGAAUCCGAGUGGCUGCAAAUAAUUAUCGCCAACAAUAUGAAAUGUUACUAAACAAAAGUCAUGAAUUAAGCAAUCAAAUAAUAACUUCAACAAGUGUACGUGCUAUAAAAACGGCCGAUAUAUUCAUGGAAGUAAUCAAUGAAACGGUAAAAUUUGAACGCAAUGAUAAAAUGUUAAGCUCAAGUUCUGUAUGCAAAAAAGCUAAAAAAAUUCAAGAUGAUUUGCUGCUCCAAAAAGCAACAGAACUAAUGCCCAACAAGACAUUCAUCGAUAAUCUUAGUAAAAAAACCGGUGAAAAAUAUACGGACGAUACAUUAAAAAAUUUACGUUUAUUAACCGAUUUGGCAGAUACAUUAAAGAUUGAACGAGAUCAAAUGAAAUUGAACGUUUCCGAUUGGAUCACCGAUAAAGAAACAGCCAAUAUUCUGUCAGAGUUGGAGAAGAAAAGUUUCGCAGCAAUGACAAAUGAUCAGGAACUUCAACGUCUGCGUGCUGGUUUAUUGUUGAAAAAUAUUCUUGAUCAAAUGGAAAACAAUUCCAGUCAACGAUUCUUUUUAUAUUCAACGCAUGAUUAUAAUCAAAUUGUAUUGUUACAAGCAUUGAAUCUAUAUGAUCAACUAGAUAACAAUAGUGUACCACCAACAUACGUCAGCGGUGUUGUGCUUGAAGUUUAUCGUAAUGAAAGUGAUAAACAACAAAAUAAAUCGAUUCGUUUUAUUUAUCGUCAAUUCUUAGACGAUGAAAAUGGUACAAUAAUUAAAGUUGAUACUCAAAUGGUUCCAGAAUUAUGCCAAACAGAAUUACAAUUUCAUGAUGGAACAGCUAUAAAUACCCAAAAAUUUUGCACUUGGGAACAAUUUAGCAAUGAAUUAUUGAAAAAUCUAAUACCAGAAAAUUGGGAUAAAGAAUGUAUGAUUUCCGGGGCCAUGAAACCAGUGAUAACAUUCAUGGUAUUCAUCAUUACCAUAUUGACAACUUAUUUUUUAACGAAUUGAAUUUGAAUGUUUUAAAUCUUUUCUCAUUAGCAUUAUAUUCUAUUAUUUUCAUAUUUCACACAAUUUUAAUGAUUAAUAAUCAUGAAAAUG